AUGAAAGUUGAAAAGUAUCGCGUUCAGUCUACCUGCGGUGUUCUUGACCAACCUCCGCGUGUCGACAUCUCAGCCGGGUCUCUCUCUCUCUCUCUGGCUUCUGCAGCAACAGGUGGUAAAUUGCUUUUUAUUGAAAUGAUGCUUCUUGUAGGCAUGGACAACAAUUCUGGACUUUUCCCGAAAGAACUUGAGGAAGGUAACUCCCAAACAGAAGAUAUAUUUUCAAUUGAAUACCAACCAAAAGUCUUGGAUUGUUUCUGUUCCAAUACAGUUCGUCAUUUUUAUCCUUCCACCUGGGAUGAAAUACUAUUAAAUUCCCAAACUAUGGACUUAAAGAUGAAAGAAAAGUUCAGAACUAACCCAACAGGGAACAACAUUGUAAUGCCGAAGCCAGUUUAUUUUACCAAGCGAACCAAACCAACCAUUAACCAGCUUUCUGAUGAAGACAUCCAGAACAUAGCUGUGUUCUGCUUUCCUGAUGGGGCAAAAUUAUCUGCUCAAAGAACAGACAAUUUUAAAGUGCAUUAUUUUGUAUUAACUGAUUUCUUAGGAGUACGAAAUUAUGCCACAUGCCUCACCUUCCAUCGAAAGUAUGAGGCUACAAAGGAACGUAAAACUUGGAAGCUGAAGCCAUUUGAGAAAACUAAAUUACACGGUAACUCUCAUUACACAGAGUCUGUUAUUGUUUAUGUUCCUCAUGCUUGUGCCUUUGUUUCUACACAGCCAUAUUUCACCGUGAUGAAGCAGUGUCUCUCAAUUCUUCUAAACAAGAUCAAACUGACCAAGGAUAUUCACACCCAGAAUUUGCUGUUUCAAGAAUUUGUGCGACAACUGUGUAUCACACCUCUUCCUCCGGCUGGUACACUGGCAGUGGGUGUACAUCUGUCUGGUCAUGAAGUAAUCCUUCGUCCUCCACACCAUUCUUCAAUUCCAGUCCUGGAUUUGUCGUUACACAUUGUCUUUCAGUGCUUCCCAAUUGAAACCAUUAUUCAAAUCAUUACUUGUAUUUUAACUGAAAAGAGAAUUGUCUUUCUGUCAUCCAAUUAUGCCCUUUUGACCAUUGUCACUGAGAGUCUCUGCUCACUCAUUUACCCCUUUUCCUGGCGUCAUACUUAUGUGCCUCUUGUAUCUGAUUCUCACCUGGAACUUCUUGAAGCCCCAGGCUCAUUCAUCAUGGGUUGUCAUUUGAAACAUCUUCCGACUGUCAAACAAAUUGCUGAUUUAGUAAUGGUGAAUAUUGACAAAGGAACUAUAAUUGUCAAUGAAUUGGAACCUAUAUUUGGUGCUAUGUCAUAUACUUAUGUAAUAAAUAUUCCCAUGAUGCCACAAGAACCAGUAAAACUUUUGGCUGAAGUCUAUGAAAAAGUCAAGUUCAGUUUUGACUUUAUUGAUCUCGAAAGCCCCUGUCGUUUUAAUCGCAAAGAAGAACUCCAAUUCCGGUUUCAGAAAAUAUCAUCUUUUAACAAAAGGAUGCAGUAUGCAUUUGUUGAACUUAUGGUCAACUUAUUCAGAGACAUUGCCCCAGAAUGCAAAGCUGAUCUGAAAUGUUUCAAGCAAAAUAAUUUUCUACAAAAACAGCUUCCUGCAAAUAUUCCUUUUUAUACAGAAGUGAUGAAAACUACACUUUUUCAGGAAUUUCUAGACAACAUCCUUUCUAAAAAGCCUUCAUUUUGGUCAGAACUGGAGUUGAAGACACGAACAUUAUCAAGAAAAUCUGGAUUCUCCCAAAAUGUCUUUGUUUCCAAUGCCCACAGUAUGACUGGUACCAAACAAGGACUGGUUUCCACAUCUAUUGAAGAAUUACCAAAUGAAUUCAUAUUCUUUAUCCCUUCCAUUUACAACGCAGUGUCUUGUACUGAAUAUCUGAAAGAUUGUAUCAAAGUUUGUACAGAAAAACUCCAGGAUUGUCGUCACUUCAGUCAUCGCACAUCUCUGACUUAUCUGCGAGGAAUGUACUCAUAUGCCGGUUCUGAAUACAGAUUAGCUUAUGAAGAUCUGAAGAAUUUGCAUGAAUCAGCAGAGAGUAUAUACAUCUCACCAAAGUUUGUUCUUUCGAAUGUAGCCAUAAGUUUCUCAUAUUCGUUAUCUGACUUGAGGUCUUUUCGAAUGUGUAGCCAUAAGUUUCUCAUAUUCGUUAUCUGA